GUUCCUCUGGGCUGGAGGCGGGUCUCGCCCGGGCGGGGCGGGCGCUGCGCGGUCCCGGCGGGCUGGGGUGGGCGGCAGGCCCAGAGGCAGCAGGCCCUGGAGGAAGAAACGGCCUCGGGGUGCCGGCCGCGCGGCCGUGCCUGGGCCCGUGGUCGUGAACGCUGGGGCGCCCCGCAGCGCUGUGGGGUUCGGGCCUCGGCGACCGCCGCCGGCUCUUCGCCCCGCCCAGCUCUCCCAGCCUCGGAAAACGGAGAACAGCGCUCCGAGGCCGGCGGGACCCGACAGCCCCUAGUUCCCACCCUUGCCUCCCUUCACCUGCCCAGUCUGGAAGCUGGUCAAGUGGAACCGCAAGAUUGUUGACCCCUUUGCAUCCCUCUCAUAGAAGCGGACCCACUGCACUUGAUCUUUAAAACUUUGGAAGUUUUAAAAUUGCUGAUAAGUUUAAAAUUGCUGUGAGCGGUUUAGGGUGUUAAGCGCGAGUCAAGAAAGUGAAGUUCCCCGGCGCUUCAGUUACUCCCACGUUGUAAAUGUAGCCUAAUUAUAAGUAACAGCACUGAACAAAGUAUAUAUGUCUCCAGUCUUAACCCGUCUUAUGUGGUAGACAGAAAAAGGCAAAAAUCGUCUUCUGAAUCUCUAACUUCAUGCGUGAUCAUCUUCAGUAGGCUUCCACUAAGCAGAAGCAACUCGUGCCUCAAUGAUUGUGAGACUGGAGCACGAUACAAAACACGAGAAACUUAGUUCAGGUGACCCACCCACCAACAAACAGAAAAGAUCCAGCCUGACGCCAAAGAACUUAUGGCGGGAAUCUAAUGUAUAAAGUACGAAACCUAUUUGGAGGUUAUGGAUGAUAAGCCCAGUCCUGGAACCCUAAGUGAGAGUUCAGAACUUCUCUUCUCCUUUGGAGUCAUAGCAGAUAUUCAAUAUGCUGACUUAGAAGAUGGCUAUAAUUUCCAAGGCAACAGGCGGAGAUACUACAGACAUAGUCUUCUUCACUUACAGGGUGCUAUUGAGCACUGGAAUAAAGAGAGCAUCCCACCCUGUUGUGUACUGCAGCUUGGAGAUAUCAUCGAUGGGUAUAAUGCACAGUAUAAAACAUCAGAAAAGUCACUAGAACUGGUUGUGAACACUUUCCAGAUGCUUAAAGUCCCAGUUCAUCAUACAUGGGGCAAUCAUGAAUUCUAUAACUUCAGCAGAAACUACUUAACAAACUCUAAGCUGAACACAAAGUUUCUAGAAGACCAGAUUGUACAUCAUCCUGAGACUGUACCUUCAGAGAAUUAUUAUGCUUAUCAUUUUGUACCAUUCCCUAAAUUCCGGUUCAUUUUAUUAGAUGCUUAUGACUUGAGUGUCUUAGGCAUGGAUCAGUCUUCUCCAAAAUACCAGCAGUGUCUGAAGAUACUGAGGGAGCACAAUCCAAAUAUGGAAUUGAAUAGUCCUCAAGGACUUUCUGAGCCCCAGUUUGUCCAGUUUAAUGGAGGAUUCAGCCAAGAACAGCUGAACUGGUUGAAUGAAGUUCUUACAUUCUCUGACACAAACCAAGAAAAGGUGGUGAUUGUCAGCCAUGUUCCCAUUUACCCAGAGGCCUCUGACAAUGUGUGCCUGGCCUGGAAUUACAGAGACGCCCUGGCAGUUGUUUGGUCUCACAAGUGUGUGGUGGGUUUCUUCGCUGGGCACACUCAUGAUGGUGGCUACUCUGAGGAUCCUUGCGGGGUGCACCACAUCAACGUAGAGGGGGUUAUUGAAACAGCUCCGGACAGCCAGGCUUUUGGCACAGUUUAUGUCUAUCCUGACAAAAUGCUGUUGAAAGGGAGAGGCAGAGUUCCAAACAGAAUUAUGAAUUAUAAAAAGGAAAAAGCUUUGUGUUUUUAGACUGAUUUAGUUUGUUUACCUUUAUAGAAAGAAGUUGACUUAGCUUUGGGUUUUUGUUCCCCUCCCUGCUGAAAAUCUUUGGUCUUACUGUUUAGUAUUGUUUGCAUAACAAAAUGUAUUUAUGGCUUCUUUUGUGUUAGUUCAUAAGAUACUCUGAAAUGGCAUUUUUGGAUAAUACAUCCAGUGCUGAAAAUUGGAAAGAAAAUGAAUGAAAGUGGCAUGAAUAAACCAGGGAGGAGACUGAAAUGGGGGGUGGCGGGUGAUACAGGCCUCAAAAAAGACUUUAUUUAGCCUUAUCUGAAUUUUUACUUUCUAUAGGUAAAGUAUAUUUAUGUAUUAACUGUGUAACUUAAAAUUCUUAAUAAAAAAGAAAAUAAGCUCAGGUAAACUUUUGUUUACCUUGCUGUGUGAA